AUGAGGAUAGCCACGGCCCUUGCGGGCGACCUGGAGUAUCGUUCAUAUGAGGAGAUUGGGAACGAAAGCUCAGACGAAUUCGAAUUGAGGAUCAAAAACAUUUGUGGUCUCUUUGUGACAAUAGACGGUGGCUGCGUAUUCCUUAUCCACCAAAUGGCCAAGGAAUUUCUGGUACAGACCAAUGACAAUAUUGAUCAUAACUGUGGGCCUUGGAGACAUACUUUCAGUGCGCAAGACUCGGAGACACUCAUUGCAACCUUCUGCAUCGCUUUACUUUCUUUCACAUGCUUUUCCAAAGAUCAGCUUACAAUUGGGUCUGGUGACUCAGAUCAAGCCCGCGAGGAAAUCUUUGCUUAUAUUAAUGAUAAUCCGCUCCUGGGCUAUGCAGGAAAGCAUUGGACCAAUCACUCCGAAAAAGCAAGGCUGGACAACAAUCCAAAAUGGAUGCAGUUAAUGGUAUCUCUUUGCACCGUAACCAAACCGGUAAUCAAAUCCGGAUCGGCUUCCUCAGAAGAUAACAAGCUUAAACCUCGCCGCUGCAUUCGAUUUUUAAAAGUUCUGGCUGUUCUUUUGGAGAAUGGCGAGGAUCCGAACGAACAAGAUAGCCAUGGAGCAACGCCGCUCGCACGCGCUGCAAAGAAGUCUCAAAGGACUGUACAGCUUCUUUUAGAUACCAACGCAGACAUCAAUGCUUAUGGGUGGGAGGAGCCCUGGUAUGAUGAAAUCGACCGUGGCGGCAGCGAAAUGCAAGUUAGGCCUUUCACAGGCACUCCUCUUACCAUGGCUGUCAUUUCCGGCGAUGCUGAGAUGGUCGAAUACCUCAUCAGUCGUGGAGCCGGAAUAAACUUUCCUCCACUGGCUACGAUGACACCGCUCAUUGCGUCCAUUGUAUGCAAUGGCUCAACAGACAUAUGUCGCCAGCUGCUUUGUCACAGCGCGAAUGUUUCUUUCGAGACACUGUGGGGGAGAUCAGAGAACGUGAAAUGUACAGCUCUUCAUCUUGCAGCCGGACUCAGUAAUCCGUCAAUUCUGCGGAUGCUUCUUGAAUCGGAGGCCACCAAUAUAAAUCAUCAGACUGCAGCGGUGAUAGCGAAUGGUGUUCAAACGGAAGGCGACGAUGCGAUUGGAGCCCAAUUGGGUUGUGACACACCACAGACUGAAAUCAGCAACCCGCACUUAUUCCCACACGAUCCCGACGAUGGAGGGAAGACUAAUGAGCGCAUUGAGAAUGUUGAUACAGAUGGAAAUUGUGAAAGCGACGAAGACGCUUCCGUAUUCGACAAUGAUAAUGACAGUGAAAACUACAGGUCAGAAAUUAAUGAGGACGAUGAUGAAUCUGGUACGGAUAGCCAGUGGUCUUACGAAGAAGACACAGGGCUUACCGCAUUGCACAUCGCAGUUAGUUCUAGACUCGUUGAGAAUGCUAAGAUCCUUCUCGAAAAUGGAGCCGAUAUGCAUAUCAAGACCGCCCACGGCUAUACAGCAAUGGAGUGGGCUCUCAAUUGGCCUGUUAGCAACAACGAUUCUGAUUUCGAGACCCACGCUACUAUGAAAGCUCAGAUGGUAGCAUAG